AUGGAGUUUCCACAUCUUGGACAACAUUGUUCAGUUAAAACAUGCAAUCGAUUAGAUUUUCUACCGAUGAAAUGUGAUUCAUGUGCUGCCGUACUAUGCAAAGAUCAUAUAAAAUAUGAUGAACAUCAAUGUCCAUCAUCUCAUCGUAAAAAUAUUCAAGUACCUAUCUGUCCUUUAUGUAAUCAAGCUGUACCAUUAGAAUAUCGUGAUCAAUCACCUGAUCGUGUUGUAUCAGCACAUAUUGAUCGUGAUUGUAAAUCUGAUCCGGCAUUAAAAAAACGUCGAAAAGUUUAUUCAAAUAAAUGUUCAUUUACUUCAUGUAAACAACGAGAAGCAAUUCAAGUAAAAUGUGAUAAAUGUUUAAAAACAUACUGUUUAAAACAUCGAUUUCCUGAUGAUCAUAAAUGUCAAGGAUUUGAAAAUACUGGUCGAGUUAUGAAUCUAGCUGGUGCUGCAGCUAUAGAACGUAUGAAAAAAAUGAAUGAUAAUAUUGCUAAUAAAAAUGCAUCGAAUAAUGCAACAGUAAUGAAUGAUGAUGAAUCACUUGAAUUGGCAAUAAAAUUAUCUUUGAAUCAAACGACACAAGAAGAAAAUGAUUUUCUUCUAGCACAAGCUUUACAACAAAGUGAACCAGAAGAAGCUCGACGAAAUCAUGCUAAUGGUAUUAAAGGCACAGCUUAA